UGCAUAGCCGUCGGCAGGUCACGAAACGGACAAGAUGGUUAACGAGAACGAGAGCUUAACAGGUCCUUCAUAAAGCACACCAAGAUCCCUUUCUUUUACAUUGAAGCCACUUAACGAAACCGAUCUGCUUAUUCUUGCCCGUUGACCUACUCCUUUUACUAGUUAUCGCCUUAGAAUUAGCAUCAUCUAUCUCAAAAACCAGCCCCGUUGGCUUCAGCUGCGCAACAAUGCUCACCCGAAUCGGAGAAGGAUAAGGCGGAGGAGGAGCGACGGGCCCGAGCUGCAAUGAGCAUACAGAGACACUAUCGUGGGCAUAAAGAACGACGAGAGAUGAAUGGCAUGUGUCUGACGCCAGAUCAGCGUUGGACUGAGGCAGUGGCAGAUGCUCGUUGGCGGACGACUGCAGACGUCCCUUCCCAUGGCAGUGAGACCGAGCAGAAACCGGGGAAGUUCAACACGACGACCCGGACCACGAUCAGAAGAGUGGCGAUGAACGGGAAGAAGAGCAUGACGGGAAGAGAAUUGUCAAGCGGCGGAAGGAAGAACAAAAUAUGACGACAAUGGACAUGCAAUAUUUUUUGGAAAUGGUUGACGUGAAGCAUCGACAUGGCCAUAACCUCCGGGCAUAUCAUGAGUUCUGGAGGCAGCAAGACACCAAAGAGAAUUUUUUCCGUUGGUUAGAUUACGGCGAGGGCAGGAAAGUAAACCUCAAUGCAGUCCCUCGAGAAACAUUAGAACGUGAGAAAGUUCGUUACCUCUCACUGGAGGAAAGACAAGCAUAUCUAGUCAAAGUUGACGAGGUAUGUUA